AUGAGUAUUACAUCAGGUCCAUUUGAUGAAGAUUGCUUGUAUCUGAACAUCUGGGCGCCUCGUGCUCCGCCUUCCACUUCAUCAACGGGAUAUCCAGUGAUGUUAUGGAUUCAUGGUGGAGGAUUUCAAGAAGGUAGUUCGACACAGAUUAUCUAUGAUGGACUUAGUUGGACAAAUGAAGCUAUUCAAGAGAAUAAUUCAUUUAUUAUAGUCACUAUUAACUAUCGUCUCAAUGUUAUGGGAUUCUUCGCUCAAUCAGCUUUGAAAGAUUCAAAUGGACAAAUUAUUGCAAAUCAAGGUAUCACAGAUCAACGUAUGGCAAUGAAAUGGGUCCAAGAUAAUAUAGGACAAUUUGGAGGUGAUAAGAAUUCGAUCACUCUAGCUGGACAAUCUGCUGGAUCCUAUUCAGUUUGUCUUCAUAUUGUGUCACCAUUAUCGGCUGGCUUAUUUCAUGCUGGAAUAAUGGAAAGUGGAUCUUGUGAUAUUCCAUUUUAUAUGUAUGACAAGCAAGUUGCUUAUUCAAUAACAAAUGAUCUUGCAUGGCGUGUUGGAAGUAACAUGACAAACUCAACUGAACAACUGGCUUGUUUACGAGAUGUUAAUAGUACUCUACUCCUAACAACCAUGUUCAAUGUAUCAAUUCCAUCAUCAACGUCAUUAAUUUUUAAAGACCAACUCAAAGUUAUUUAA